UACAAUCCGGGGAUUCCCCGCCGCGGCCCGCCCCCUGAUGUCACGGAGUCCCCUCGGGGCCCCGCCCCUGCCCGGCCGCGCCUCCCUCGGCUAGAACCGCGCGCGGUGCUGGCCGGAGAGGGCGGCCAUGGAGGGGCCCGGCGACCCCGGCGCCCCCGCCGCCCGCUGGAAGCGCCACAUCGUGCGGCAGCUUCGACAGCGGGAUCGAACGCAAAAGGCCCUAUUCCUGGAGCUGGUGCCGGCCUAUAACCGCCUCCUGGAGAAAGCUGAGCUGCUGGCCCGAUUCUCAGAGAAGCUGCAGCCAGAGCCAAACGAUGUCACUCCCUCUGUCCACCAGGGUCCCUGGGAGAAGGAGUCAGACCAAGGCCUCUCACCAGCAGCUCUGAGGGGGAAGUGGCAAGAGGAGGCGGAGGGGCUCCGGCUGGUGUGUGGAGAGAUGGCCUACCAGGUGGUGGAGAAGAGCGAGACCCUGGGCACUUUGGAGUCGCAGCUGGAGGAGCGGCAGAGCAGGCUGGCAGCUCUGAAGGCCCGCGUGGAGCAGCUGGAGGAGGUUCGGGCGAAGAAGGCCGGACAGGUGCACGCGCGGCGCGCACUGAAUGAGGAGCAGCGGGCAGCUUACGAGGCGCUGCGCGCGCGCGUCGGGCACCAGGAGGCGGCUCUGCGCAGGCUCGAGGAGGAGGCUCGCGACCUGCUGGAGCGGCUGGUGCAGCGUAAGGCGCGCGCCGCCGCCGAGCGCAACCUGCGCAAUGAGCGCCGGGAAAGGGCCAAGCAAGCGCGGGUGUCCCAGGAGCUGAAGAAGGCAGCCAAGCGGACAGUGAGCAUAAGCGAGAGCCCAGACACACUAGGCGAUGGGAUCAGAGAGGAAGCAGAAACUCAGGUCCUGGCUGCUCAGCCAGGUUACCUGGAGAGUGAGGCUGGUGAGAAAUGGAAGCGGCCCUUCAGGUCAGCCUCUGCCACCUCCCUGACGAUGUCCCGCUGUGUGGAUGUAGUGAAGGGGCUUCUGGAUUUCAAGAAGAGAAGAGGCCACUCAAUCGGGGGAGCCCCUGAGCAGCGAUACCAGAGCAUCCCCGUGUGUGUGACUGCACGACUUCCCACCCAAGCUCAGGAUGUGCUGGAUGCCCACCUCUCCGAGGUCAGUGCUGUUUCUUUUGGCCCCAACAGCAGCCUCCUGGCCACCGGAGGGGCUGACCGCCUCAUCCUCCUCUGGAAUGUUGUGGGAGGGCACCUGAAGGCCAACCAGACCCUUGAAGGAGCUGGCGGCAGCAUCACCAGUGUGGACUUUGACCCCUCGGGCUCCCAGCUAUUGGCAGCUACUUACAAUAAGGCCGCCCAGCUCUGGAAGGUUGGGGAGGCACAGUCCAAGGAGACACUAUCUGGACACACAGACAAGGUCACGGCUGCCAAAUUCAAGCUGACGAGGCACCAAGCGGUGACUGGGAGCCGGGACCGGACAGUGAAGGAGUGGGACCUCUGCCGAGCCUACUGUUCCAGGACCAUCAACGUCCUUUCCUACUGUAACGACGUGGUAUGUGGGGACCAUAUCAUCAUUAGUGGUCACAAUGACCAGAAGAUCCGGUUCUGGGACAGCAGGGGCCCCCGCUGCACCCAGGUCAUCCCUGUGCAGGGCCGGGUCACCUCCCUGAGCCUCAGCCAUGACCAGCUGCAUCUGCUCAGCUGUUCCAGAGAUGACACACUCAAGGUCAUCGACCUGCGUGUCAGCAAUAUCCGCCAGGUGUUCAGGGCUGAUGGUUUCAAGUGCGGUUCUGACUGGACCAAAGCCGUGUUCAGCCCAGACAGAAGCUAUGCCCUGGCAGGGUCCUGGGAUGGAGCCCUUUACAUCUGGGACGUAGACACUGGGAAACUAGAGAGCAGCCUUCGGGGAGCCCACAGCGCUGCUGUCAACGCUGUGGCCUGGUGCUACUCUGGGAGCCACGUGGUGAGCGUGGACCAGGCCAGGAAGGUUGUGCUCUGGCGCUAGCACCACGACUUCCCUGCCUGAGCUGAGGCUUUGGUCCGAAGCCUGAAGCCGGAGGAGUUCCCUGCUGCCCCAGACACUCCGGAGCUAGCAGCGGGGUGGGGGUGGCUCAGGGUGUUUAAUGGGUAGGAAGGCCUGGCAGGACCUGGCCUGUUGGUUUAAAAAUGUGUGGGUGGGUUUGGAAAGAGGGGAAUCACAGUAUUAUUGUUUUUUUUUUUUUCCUUCACUUUCCCAGCAAAAGUGGGAAAAAAAAGUGCAUUUAAACUGGUGUGUGCUUGCUUCUCUUCAGCCUUUAGGGAAUGGAGAAGCCUCUGGGCUGGAGGCAUACGGAGACCCAGGCUUGGCUCCUGUCCCUUCCAUACAGAGCCAGGGCGGAGCAGUCUGAUCAGGAGACAGCAGGAAGAAAGGCCCAGAGGCAGCAAAGGGCAGUGGCUUUUGGAGCUGUGGACAUUUCACCUGUGCUCCAAGACAAUCCUGGUCCUUGGGCUCUCUCUUCAGGUGCCCAGGGUAGACUGAGGCUGAGGAGGGACCAUGUGAGUUCUGAGAGAGGAGGCGCAACAGAGACAGCCUAGAGGGGGCCCUGUGGAAAGAAGCCUACAAAACCAGAGCGAUGUCAGGUACUCUGAAUACCAGGCCUGCCUUUAGACUGGGGCCAUGUUUGUGCCCCAGAGGCAGACCCUGGAGUGGGUGGGGAACACCCUCCAUGUGUGUCAGGGAGGACAGCCAUGGGCUGGGCCAGGGCCUUCACUUACUUUAGCAUCAGAUUUAAUCCACAUGACAAGCCUCUAGAGCAGACUUAGUAGGGUGGAACCUGGGCACCCCACUUUCUUCCCCAACCGAGGGCAUGGAGGAGGGUCAGCAGGACAGCCACUGCCAGUCACUGGGUGUCGAAGGGGACGCCUGUCUCUGAGUGAUGGGGGCUGACCUCUGGUGGUCUGCUUAGUUGAGAUUCAAAGGCUUUACUCUGGAACUCUCAGCCUCCUCCUUUUAUUACCUUACAGAAUCCUCCCUGGGGAUUCCUGAUGCCAGUCCCAGGGUUUCGGAAACCAUUUCCAGGAUGGGCAGGAGAGAGCUAACACCCUUUACUCUGUAGCUAGACUGUCAGGGUUUGAAUCUCUGCUCUAUUAUUUAGUAGCUGAAUGAUUUUGAGGAAGUUACCUUCAUGUCUUUGUGCCUUAGUUUCUUCCUCUGUAAAAGGGGCUGACAGUAGCAUCUACCUCAAAGAUGGUAGUAAGGACUCAGUGUAUUAGUAUCUGUAAAGUUCCUGGCGCACUGGAUACCCAAAUCUACACUCUGCUGAUCCCAGCCCACUCACCACCCUUGGCCCAGCUCUCCCCUGGGCUCUGGUGACAUACCCAGCUGCCUCCCAGGCAUCAUCUCUUCUCACACCCCACAUCUUCUUGGGCACCAAGGCCUGGGGCUGUUGUGUCUAACUCUCCAUUCCUGCUGCCACUGCAGGCCACCUUCUCCUAGACCUGCUCUCUCUCCAACCUAGACCCCUCUUUGCCACAGCCAGAGUGACUUUCUGAGGAUGUAUGUUGGUCACACAUCCGGCCCUUUGACGUUCUCUACUGCCUGCAGAGAAACUCCUUGCCCGCAGGAUGUGGCCCUGCUGGCCUCAGCUGCAUCUUCACCUCCUUGCUACUCUGCAGUGUGUCUCACACAGGGUUUUCUCUCUGUCCAGAAUGUUCUUCCUGCCCAGCCUCUAAUUCACAUUUGUCCUUUAGGAUCCCCUCACUGAGAGCCUUUCCUCACCUGCCAGGCCGGCUAGGAGCCUUCUCUAUUUCUGUGCCUCCCUGCUUUGGGUCUGCUUCUGUCUCAGUCAGGGAGCUCUUGAAGGAGGCCAGGAUGGGAGCAAAGCACUCUCUGGGAUCAGGCCUCAGAGCCACAGAGAAAGCCUCAGGAGAUGUUUAUUAAAUGAUUAAAUUCUCUUACUCGAGGACUCAGCAAGUCUGACAGUCGAAGUCUCUCGUGGCCACCAGGAGUCAGCAGCUGCCUAGGUCUGCCGAGGCCAUUCUCCCACCUCCUGGGGUGGAAAGACCAAUGCUUCCAGUAGCCGCCAUUACUGAGCUGUCAGGCCCUGUGCCUUCUAUCCAGUAUCUUACUUGUUCUCCCAACCACCUUGUGAUGUAGCUAUCUUACAGAUGAGAAAAUCAAGGCUCAGAGAGGGUAAGUGAUAUGAGGUCACCAGAGCUGGGACAGCUGGACUGUGGUCUUUUAACUUUUUUUUUUUUAAUAUCAGAGAAUCUGGGCUCCCAAUUAAGCAGAGCUAUAGGGUAUUCCCUGCCAUGCUCCAGCGGUGUGCUCACGGCCCCCACCACCAGGUGGGCGAUUCUAGCUCCCUGGGCUUCCCUGGUGGUCCAGUGGUUAGGAAUCCACCAGCCAAUGAAAGGGCGACCGGUUCAAUCACUGCUCCACAUGCUGCAGGGCAGCUGAGCCCAUGUGCCACAUCUACUGAGCCUGUUCUCUAGAGUCUGCGAGCUGAAACUACUGAAGCCUGCCUGCCUAGAGCCUGUGUUCUGCAACAAGAGAAAUCACUGCAAGGAGACACCUGUCCACUGCAACUAGAGAGUAGCCCCCUCACUGCAACGAGAGCAAGCCUACAUGUAGCAAUGAAGAUCCAGCAGUCAAAAAUAAACAAAAUUUUAAAAAAUUACGGAAACCCUCCCUGCAUCUUUUCUUCAUUCUGGCCCUGGGAGCCUAUGUCUGAGCCUGGACGGUUAGUAUCCUUUGAACUGAGGGACAUGCAGGGCUACAGGAGGGACGUGAACUCGAUCCUGGAAGGCUGUUACCAGUUCCACCAUCUGGGGCAAGGACCUCCCAGGACUGCAGUGGAGACUGCUUAGAGGACACAGAAGUGGUCAUUGGGAAAUUAUCUGACUCAACUCCUGGCACAAGUGCCCUCCAUUCCCCUCAAGCCUCCCGUUCUUCAUGGGGCAGCACACGCUUGCUUCACCUCAGGGAGCAUGUGCACACCUUAAUUUACUUGGAGGGAGUACUUCCUGAAGGGGCAAGUCUGGAGGGUCAGAGAUGGGCCCAGGCGUUCCAGGAAAUGAGGCAAGUGUGAGAAGAAGGGUUGGCAAUGCCACGCAGGGGAAGAUCUCGGAGGGGUGCCAGCUGGGCAGGCUACACCUCUAGUCUUUGCAGUCCUGGGCAGCAGAGCGGGCGGGGCCAGAACCCUGUACGGAAGACUGCUCUGGGUUUCCGUACUCCAGUCGCUACACAACCUACUCUGAGGUUGCUGGCCUGUUUGUUCCCUAAAGUCCAAACUGUCGCCUCUGGGACUUCCCUGGUGGCCCAGUGGUCUUUGCAAGGUAGGAGGUACAGGUUCGAUCCUUGGGCAGGGAACUCCACAUGCUGCAGAGCAACUGAGCCUGUACAAUGCAACUACUGAGCCCGUGUGCUCUGGAGUCUGAGCCACAGCACAAGACCCCGUGCAAUGCUACAGAGAUGCUGAGUGCUGCAGCUGAGACCAAAUAAAUAUUAAAAAAACCCUUCAAAACUGUUGUCCUUGCUGUCCAUACGGAUUGAGGUCGAGAGAGGAACCAGCAGAACUGGGAUAAGAAUCCAGGCUCCUGAUUCACUCUUCUCAAAACUGGACUCAGGUUCUGCAGAGGUGCUGACCCAUCUUCUGGAGGCCAGGUUCUAGGUUCCACUCCCAGUUGUCUUCCUGAGACCGUGGGCAAAUCACGGUGGGUGGAUUUUCCCCACCUGUGAGACCCUGUGCCAUGGCUCUGGGCCUCACCAGUGGGGACCUGGCUCUUCCCCGGGUUGGUGUACAGACAUGACUACCGCCUCCUCUGCUAGCCUGAGGCUUGAGAGGGAGAUGUGACAGAGGCUCUUGUCCUGGGCUCCUACUGCCCCCGGUCAUCUCCCUAUCCUGGGAGAGGCACCUUGGCUUCAAACUGCUGUUCCCAAGUCACCCCCACCAGACACAAGCCCUCUGGUGACAGGAAUGGGAACUGAGCCAUCCGUGUCUCCAGGACCAGAAUGUGGCCUGGGGCAGGAAGUUGCUGACUAGACAAACAGUGAUUGAGUAGAGGUGGUCCUGGACCUUAGAUCUGCUCUGGAGGAAUCCUGGUGGCACGAGGCGUGGCCCCAUCUGCAAUAUGUGAAAUGCUGUGUCUGGUACAGGCUGUUUUCUUUUUAUAGAUGUACAUUUCACUAGUCAAUAAUAUUUCAGCUUAUCUCUGCAUUAUCUUACUCGAUUCUCCUGGCUCUUAUGAAGCUCGUAUUGUCUUCUUCCCACUUUACAGAUGAGAAAAGCAAGGCCCAGAAGGGUGAAGGGAUGAGUCUAAGGUUACAGCUAAGUGAGGUAGCCCAGGGACUUGAAUACAGGUCUCUUGACCACUCUCCUGCUGUUCACAGGAGCAAGUGAGCGACAAGAAGCAUGCGUAUUUGUUUAGCACACUGUGGAAGAGGUGUUCCUUUCUGUUGUUUCAGGAUAACAUUCCAGUAAAGUAUUUCCAGACCAGGGCUCUCUGAAACAGACGGGGCAGAAGUAUUGCAUUUGUGUUUUCAG